AUGCUGAGAAGCUUUCUGUGGACGUUGGGGCUGAGGGAAGAAAGAGAGGAGGAGGAGGAGGGCCACAGGAAGAGGAUGGUUAACCUGAACAAGUUGAGCGAGAAGCUGGAGAUUGCCUCGAACCUCGUGACAGCAGGAAAACUUGACGAGGGGAGCGCGGUAUGCAAGGAGUUGGAAGAGAGCAUCAGGGCUUGCCUGAGAGACGCUACCUCUCAAAGUGAGAAGGUCAUGCUGGAGAGGUUGAAGAGGACGAACAUGGCGAUGAUUGACAAGCUGAAGAAGCUAGAUGUGCAGCAGCGGAGGAGAGGUAGGGAGAUACGCGAGGAGCCGAGCUGUGCAGUAGCUUCAGGAGCGAGACAACAGUACAGCAAUUUCUCCAUCCCGGGCAGGGAGGAGGGGACAGACCUGCAGCUGGAGCAGCAGUUGGCCACUACCAACCUUGAGCUUCGCGAGAGAGAGAUCCUCGUAGAUGAAAGAUCAGUCGAGCUAAGCAAGGUCAGUCAAGAUGAGCAGGGAUGCCUGGAGCCCUUGAAAGUUUGCGAUGGAGCAGAAUAUGUCGACGAUGACUUGCUUGAGGAGGUUGAGAAGGACGUGGCGGCGAUCAACGAGUGUAUGAGGGACAUUGGCGAGCUCGUCCUCCAGCAGGGAGAGACUCUUGGCAAGGACGGGGUGCUGUCAUGCCAGCUCGAGGAUGCCAAGGAAAGGUCCAACGAUGCGGCUCAUCAGUUCGCCAAAGCUGGAAAAUCGAGAGCAAACAGGCGGCAGUUUGAAGGAGGGGCGACAGCUGCUGCAGUUGGCGGCAUCGUGGGAAUCAUAGGAGGGCCUAUUGGCAUGGCGGCAGGAGCAGCUACUGGUGCUCUCGUGGGAUCGUAA